AUGUCCAAGGCAAAACGAAAGAGCCGCGGCUCGCGGGGCAGCCUCGUGGACGAUGAUGAAAUCGCCGGCCUGCCGUGGCGGCCCUUCGUGGUCCUGCUGAAACCGACCGACGGCGCCAAGAAGAGCGUCGACGCGGCCCUCGCCACGCUAACGCCUCUGAGUGACCAGGACGUCGCGGGGACGCGCGUCGAACUCGUGGCGAAGAGCCAGUUGAGUAGCGGCGGCAAGCUGAGCAAGGCCCUGGCCGCCAAGAUCCAGCGCGACCGGCGCCAGGGCUUGCGGGACCGCCUCGAUCAGGAGGCCGAGAGGCUAAAAGCGCUGAAGAAGGCCCGGAAGGAGCGGGAGAAGCGCAAGUCGCGCGGCGACAUCCUCGAUGACGACUCGGAGCUGUCCUCGGUCAAUCCGAUCACUCAGGAACGGGAAGCCCGAGGCGCGCCGGACAUCGUCUACGUACUAAAGGAUUUCCCGGCCUCAAAAGACGAGGCCGACGACCUGAUAUCAAAUGAAAACGUGUUGGAUGCAAUUGUUACUAUUGUUCAGAACGAGGACGGCGGGAGCGGUGGCGGCAUCGCGUACCCCCAUUCCAAACCCCAAUUGGCCUUCGAUAUUUUACCUCUUGCAAAUUUGGAUCACGACGCCGAGGCCGAGUCCGCUUCUCAAACAGUUCCGCUCAAUGCCACAAAAAUCGCCAAGGCCCACAAAGAAUCUAGAGAUGCGCAGUGCCUGACCGAUCCACUAAAGAAGCCGCCUCAACUAGUAAAAGCUUUAUAUGAUGCCCAACGAGAAAAGCAGGACGCCUGGAACGACGUCGCCUUCCUCGAGAUCGCGUUAACCCCCGUCGAAGCGGCGAAGAGCCCGCAAGGGGGCGGCGGGUCGUUUGACGACCACAAGAGGAAGGAAGAGGAAGCCGCGAAGAAAGCCCUGGAGGCCGCCAAAAAGUGGCUCUUCGACAUCACACAACAAUUGGUCGCGUUCGGGUGCGGCCACUGCGCUUUCAAGUCGUAUGUGAGACAAGUGGUGAGUGUGGACGUCCCGUCCGAGGACAAGGAGAAGGUGAAAAGCACGCAACGAGCCUGCGACACCGUACUCCAAUCGAGGGGUUCUGGAUUACAGUCGAGACCGGGCACGGCCUCGUCCUCGUUAUCUUUAUCUCGUACGAAGACGCCCUGGGAGCUUUGUGGUCGAAGGCAGCGCUACGCCGAACUUGCCUCAAAUAUCCCCGAGGCGGCGUGCACGGUCGGCGUGCUGCUGUACUGCCUGCUCGAAGCGGUCGUGACGGGCGGCGACGCCCCGCGGAGCGACGACGACCCGCCCGCGGCCUCGCCCCUAGCUGCUUUAUUGCCGCACGCCUCUUCGGUACUACCCAUCGCUACGACUCCCGAACGGGCCGAGGCGGCCCUGAGCGGCGACUUUGAAGCCUCGGACUUAACGUUCGACGGUCAUGAUAUCCAAGGAUUGCGUUUAGCGAGAGCGGAGCAGCGACGUUCUUCGGAAGAAUGCCUGGGGAGCCGCCUGCUACUUGCGCUAGAUAGGGCCGCGCACGCCCGGAUGAAUUUGAUACAAGGCGGCCGCGACCGCCUCCCCGUCGUCGACGAGGAGGGCGACGAGGGAAGAGCCAUCAAGCGCACGGAGCUCCAGGCCUUCACGACUUAUUCACCUAAUGAUGUGGAUAAUUAUAGACAGCGCUGCGUUUUUGAUGAAUUACUGGAAAAUGCGUUUGUGGAAGAGACGGUCGACGGGCGCAUCGCUUCGAUCCACGACCGGACCGUAGCCGAGAAGAUCUCGUCCUACAGUCUGCAGCAGGUGCUGAAGAGUGAACACGCCGACGAGUCGACCUUCCUCCAGAGCUACUACGCGCCCACUGAUGAGUUAUUAUUGAUAGCGCACCAGCCCACGGCCCGAGGCAGGUGCGGCCAGGUCGUCUGGGACCCGACACUAGGCGCGCGGCCGUCCUACGCGGGUUGGCACGCCAAUGCGAAACGUUCAAAUGAUAAAAUAGAUGUACAUGAUAACGGCUUCCUGACGCCGCGGUCCACGGCAGCUCGGACUGCCCGCGUCGUGCCGCCCGAUCUGGCAAAGCUCCAAGAAAGCACUACAUUAUUGUUCCCGGCGGACCAUUCAUUAGUUCGACUGCGGACGAUGGGCGAGGCCUACGGCUGGCUUUCGGUGCGGAAGAACGGCACCGUGUUUGGCUUACGAGCGCGGGACAACGGCGCGAACGCGGCGCGGCGCGCCAAGGGGCUGUCGGUCCAACAAACCGAUACCCAAGGUUUCGCGGCGGACUUCGCUUGUGAGUUUACGGACGGUGCGCGCGUCACGGCCGUCAAGGAGACGAGUGUUGUACUCAGAAGCACGGACGUCUCUGGAUUAACGGUGGACGUCGGCUGCGACGGUUCGGUGAGGAUGCGCCACGUCGGUGUGGGACCCGGUGCACCGGCUUGCGUCGCCGACGAAAAGGAGCGCGUGGUCUGCGGCGGCGGCGUCGUGGUACGGCGGCUGCGCGACGGUUCUGCCCAAUUACUCUUCGCGGACGGGAGCGUGGCUCGACAGGACAGCGACUCGACGUCGUCUGAUGACCUCGAGUGGGCGCUCUUGGAAGGCGCCUGCGUCAAGGACGCCGCGACGGGCGCCCGGGUCUGGAUGAGAGGCGAUACUUCAUUAACAAUCUUCGAGGACGGCGUUGUGCUCGCCAAGCACGCGGACGGGACGAUAAUUCGGACGUGCGAGCACCACGUCAUCGUCGAAUGCCCGGGCCUGGCCGCCGUGGAGAUCGAUACGGAUAUCGACGCGACGGCGACGGCCCACGCGCAGGGCCAUCAAGUGGCUGUGGCCAAGGGAGGCGAACGGAUUAGGUGUAGAGUAGCAUUACCAGAUGGCUCGCGCGUCGUCGCGACCUACGACACGUCCGUGACGGCUACCGUGCGGGGCCGCCUGGCUUUGUUAAGGCCGGAUCGUACCGAGAUAUUAGCUCAAGACGACGGCCUUAUUACCUUGAGACCGCCCGAGCUCUACCAGGGCGGCUCCGUGAAAGCGCGGGGCGAGCACCACCCCUACGGGUUGUUAGCGCCCUGGUGCGAGGCCCACGACGACGACGAGUCUGAUGAUGAGGCCAAGUCGGAGCCGGACACGGCGGCCGGCGCCUACCGCUUCGACUGCGUUGCUGGUAGUAUGUCUUUGGAGGACCCGGAAUACAACAUAUUUAAGGCUCAUUUGUGCGGGAAGCAGGCGGGCGACGUCGAAGUGGAAUUAGCUGGUGUGUCCGCGGGCGUCAAGGCCGAGGCCGUCGUCAACUCGCCCGUGGCGCCGCGGUGCUUCUGCAUCGGGAGGGAUGGCUCCGCGGUCGAGCUGCUCCGGGAUUCCGACGUGGCUGAUUUGACAAGAGACGUUGAGGCCCGCAAAGUGCUACCCGUCGCCUUCGGGCGGUCCGCGGACCCGCAUGCCACGGAAGACCACUGCCUCGACGAUUGCGAUCGGAAGGGCGGCGUCUCGAGUGCGCUUACGUCCUACGAGGUGCUCGCCUCAUCAAAUCUCUUCGAGAGCACCUUCGGGACGGGGCGGGCGUGGACCGCGUACGCGCCGCCGCCCUCCGCUCUUGUGGAUGCGCCUUCACAACCUUUAUCGACGGUGAAGCCGACCGUGCGCGUCUCGAGAGUGCUGGUGGAGACGCCGUCACUCAAUGAAGAGGACCGCGCCUCCAUACAAGAUUCGUUGAAGAAAUGCGACGAGUGGCGGCGCGAGCGGGAAAUUCAUAUAGAUCGCUUCGCCGUCGACGAUCCGCGCAACGACGCGACGCUCCAAAACGAGCGCGCCGUCCAGAAGCGGUUGAAGCUAGCCUACAAGGCGGCCCGGCAAGCGCGACGGCGGCGCGCGAAACGCCGCGAGCAGGAGCGCAUGUCGCGCGAGAGCCGCGAAUCCGUGUCGACGCGCGCGUCGACGCCGGCGUUUUCCAGCGACGGGAUGUCCGAGGUCGGCACGGCCACCGAAACGAUGACCAUCGGGAGCUUCAGCGACUCCGAAGCGCCGCCGCCCGAGGACUCGCCGAACACGGCCUUCGCGCGGGAGGUCUUCGUGGGCCAGGUCCUCGAGGCCAUCGAAGAGCAGGAGGAGGCGGCGCGGCUCUACGCCCUGGCGCCGGCACCUGCUGCUAUCGCCUGCGCGCCGGCGCCGGCGCUCGCGCCCGCGCCGGCGCCGGCGCCCGCGUCGCUGCUGGAGGACAGCACGGUGUUUUCCGAGACCGAGGGCGAUACCAAAACCGUCGAGGCGCCGCCGCCCUUCGACCCGUCGCGGGACGGGUCGCUCGGCGUCGAGCGGUGUCGCCACGCGCUCGUGGAGAUUCUGGGGCGGAACGUCACGGAGGAAGCGAUCGCCAGUAAGAUGGAAGAGGACGAGCGCGACGCGUCGCAAAUCUCGUUCGGCGACUUCCGCUGGCUGCUGGCGGAGUGCGAGAACGACUUCGACGCCGCGGACGAGGCCGAGGAGGAGGCUAAGCGCCUACGGGCCCUCGAGGCGGAGCAGCGGCGACAGGACUAUGAAGAUGAGGUCCAGGAGCGGUCCAAGGAACGGGGCCCCCAGGCCCGCGGUUUGCUGCCCAUGGGCGCGUUCUGGGAGACCGAGGACGGCAAGGAGCUCAUGGCGACGCUGCCGCCCUACGAGGGGCGGAAGAAGACAAGGGAAGACAUGCGCAAGGCGUCCACGGACCCGACACCCAUCUCGAAAUUAGCCCAACAGCUCGAGGCGGAGAUGUACGCGCGGCUGGAAGCGCAGAAGAACGCGCCGGCGCCCGCUCCGGAAAUUCCGGACUCGCCGCUGCCCGCUGGUAGCGCCGUCCAGGCCGUAAAAAAGCGCACCAAAAGGCGCGACCCGCCGCCACUGACCGUCCAGCCGCAAGUCUGCGAGAUUCCGUCGGCGGCGCUGGGCUGCGUCUACGACAUCCCUUUAUCAAUAACGGUGCGGCCGGGCGGCAAGGUGCGCAUCGACGUGUCCUCGAAAAACCUGAGGGUCGUGGAGCGGCCGCGCCAUUCCAUUAGUCCGGGAGAAACGGAGGAGGCGCUCCUCGAAUACACCGCGGGCUCGCAGGGGCCCAUCCAGGAGUUCGUCGACGUGCUGGCGCAGUUCGGGACGGUGCGCGUGCCGAUCGUGGGGUGGGUGGAUGCGCCUCAGGGAGGGCCAUGUAGCCCUAGCACCGUAACAGAAUCAUGA